AACCCGGAGGCCGUGUUGUUUUUAUCUGUGGUGAUUCAGGAUCAGGAAAUUCGGAAUUUAAAUUUUUGAGUUAAAGUAUUGGAGUUGAAAUAUCGUAAAAAGUGUUAGGAAGUUAUCCGGAGUUAUGAAACUCUGAAAUUCCGGAUUGGAUGUCCUACUUUAAGGCCCUUGUUGCGCUCUGACUGAAAAGCACCUCACUGUAGACUAAGAAAAAAACGGAGGUUUAUCUCGAGCAGAGCUCACAACAUGGACUUGUUAAGAAACUUUCAAAAUAUUUCCUGGUGCAAACCGGACUGGUGUUUCCCAAGCAUGGGCAAGGAGACGAAUGAACUGCUGAAACAGUGCACAGAGAUCCCACGGUUGGAGCUCUCUGAUGAUAUAGAGGAAAUUAUACGGAAGAGCAACGAAUUCCCUAUACCAUUCCCUGUUGAUACUAUGCGAAUGAAAACGUUGAAAGAACGGAGGCCUAUAGACAAACUAAAGAAGAAUGUAGCAUCUACUUACCCACUCAUACACGAGCGAGUGCUACUGUUAAUAACCCAUUUCUUAACUUACAAAAGGGAAUUCGGCACAAGCAUAGAGAAGGCUCUCUACAAAGAAAUGACAGUGCCUGAGUUUAUCGACAGACUCCUGAAGAAGCGAGCUGUCGUGUUCAUGGGUCCUCGGGACAAGUAUAAACUGCUGACUGGGGAGGAGGACAAAGACGGAUGGGAAGCGAUAGGAACACUCCAACAGAAGCCACCAUUAGUCCUAGAGAACUGUCUGAGCUAUGAUGAACUCAAAAUUUCCUCUAUGGUGUACGUAAGUGGGCAUACCGCUUGCAUUAACGACGGUACGAGACAUAACAAGGCUAAGGUGAAAGAAGAUGACAUAGAAACUGAGGCAGUUAUUAUUGGUAUAAUCGGUCCGCGUUUUGAAAGGGAAUUCCGAAUGGAAUACGAAGACGUGUUGAUAACGGAACAACAGAAUUGUCUAGAGAACGGUUACGGUGAAGAGGUUACGCCAACCACAUGCCUGAACGUGUUAAAGACGACCUAUGUCAGGAACAACCAGUCGGCGAAGCAUAUGUGGCGCCAGAUGUGGGCCGAGUUCUACCAGGUCCAUAGCUACACAUACGAAGAACUUACAUCCUACGUAUCCGUCCAAGAUAAACCAGAGGAGGCGCGCUACACGGAGCGUUAUGUCAAGGUGCCUCGUUCCAACCACUUGUUUGACAACGAGGUGUAUUACAAGAGGUUGACUAUCACUUGUGAAUGCGCCUUGUUGGAGGCUGAGGCGAGAGCCGCCGAGGAGGGGAGGGACGCAUUUGUCAACAUUAUUGGGGCUGGUCUAGGAGUCUGGAAGAUAUCCCCUCAUCAAGUGGAUGUGUAUGUCCUUACAUUCCUGGAGAGGAUCCGAGCUUUACUGAAGAAGGACCACCUUAACCACGUCUCUGAUGUCAACUUCGCUUACAUCGCUCCCAGUAGCGGCAUCUUGGCAUUAUUCACAAACGCUACGAGUCCAGAAGGGGAACCGAUAUCGGAGAAGAAGAUAUUCUUCGAAAGCAAGAGGCAUCCAAGAGGCGGUAUAAACGUGCAGCUGGAGAACCGCGAGCCGUCAGCCAAGCUUACAGGCGAGCAUGCUGGCAAGCUGCUCGUCAUGACUUACCCCUGGGACGGGAACGCGCAUCCCGGAAACGAGUUCUGGAUAGGCAGCCUCGAUGGCUCCGGGGAUCCGGCGGCAGCUUGCUCCACGCAAGUGUCAGAGCUCCACAACGCGCAUAUAAAUGAUCACGUCACUGGUAACAACACUCGAGUGGUCGGCAGAGCAGGCCUGGCCACCCUGCUACAGUACACGGCCUCACUUAGCACGUAGAUGGCCAUACACACAUAUGCAUACUUACAGAAACUCAGUCAGUCUUUUAUCUUUUUUUUUGUAUUUACACAAUAAUUUUUAUUUUCUAGUUCCUAAACUAACUCUUUCUCUUUCUGCACUUAUUGUAAGUAAAGGACGGCAGUAUUUAAAAGGACAAACUAAAUUAAAAUGAACACCCGCAUUCUAAGAAUUGCAAAAGCGGUAUAUAAAGCGAGAGUUGAUGGUAGGGCUGACAGAGGAAGACCGAGAAGGACUUACGAUGACCAAAUUGGAGAUGUCCUUAGGUUUAAUACGAUCUACUCUGAACCGGCGUGCGUGUAUGAAGCGAUUGAUGUAUGUGGAGGAAGCAAGAGAAGUGUGUCGGGAUCGAAGCAAAUGGAAUUCUAUAGUCUCUGCUUACCCCGGUGGGAAAUAGGCGUGAGUUUAUGUAUGUAUGAAAAAUAUUAACCUGAUUCUUCCGUUGUACAUUCUGACACAUUCCAUGGCGCUAUCAUCUCCCAUCUUGUUGUCCAUGCUAAGGCCAGCAGCUACAUACUUCGGGUUACCACUACCCUGGAAUUCUAUAGUCUUCCAUUUGCUCCAUUUGCUGGCACUCGGCAGUAUUUAAGUUGACAUUUCCGCCCUCGACUUCAGUACUUCACUCACUGGAGUCGAGCAUAUCGUACUGCCAACAUAAUAAUACGAAAAUAAUGACGUCAUGUCUUACUGGAGUAAACACGAGUUAAUGAAGCAGCUUCCAUGGUCUAGUGGUUAGAGCAUUGGCCUCAUGAUCUGUAGGUUCGGGUUCGAUUCCCGUUGGGGACACUUUCGGAAAUCACUUUGUGAGACUGUCCUUUGUUUGGCUAGGACACUGCAGGCUAAACCACCUGGUUGUCCGGAGAAAUAAAAUGAUUUCGUGGUUCAGAAGGCACGUUGAGCUACUAACCCAAAUGCCCAAAACCUGCAGUGGAGCAGCGUGGUGGAGUAUGCUCCAGACCCCCUCCGGUUGAGGAGGCCUGUGCCCAGCAUGGGAUGUAUACAGCGAAUACUGAGGGAGAUUAUUCAGUCCAUGAUUCUGAGUUAAUAUCAAGUUGAAUUUUCCAUCGCAAAAGUAAAGAAUAAUGAUCUGAAUCAUCCCCCUCAGAUUUCGUUGUCACUUACACCCCGUACGUAUACGGUCAUGAGCAAUAUAAUGUACCCACUUUAGGACUCUGUCGCACUAACAUAUUUGACAUUUAGUGAGACUUACAGUUCAAUUUGUCAAAAAAGUUAAUGUGACAUGGUACCAAAGUGCAUACAUAUUAAUGCUCGUGACAUACGUACAGGUAACCAUACAAGUACGUAUUUCAUGUAAAGAUGAGCGUUUAAGAAUACCGAUUUUGAGCUGAUUUGGGAAGACCUUGAGGUCAACUCAACUAAGGACGAAGUGGAGGAAGGUUGGAAGUCAAAUCUUAGGAUCCGGGUGUUAGUUUUGUUCGUCGGAAUUAGCACCACUAUAAACCUAUUCACUCAAAUUCAAAUCAUUGUGACACACAGGUGCAGUGGGUAGAUGUUACAAAGAUAAUAAGACCGCUGUGAUCUGCCGAUAGGCGUACAUUUAAAUUAUUACUACAGUAAAUACACCCUCCUUUUACGUAAUUAAAAAUUAUGCCUUCCCAUGAAACUUAAAUCCUUUUAAACUAUCCAAACAUAUUCUAACCUGCACAAAAUAUGUACACAAAUUUUGUAAUAAUAAUGAACUAGGGUGAUUUUUUUAAAGUGCCACGCGUUUCAUGGAUUUUUUUUAAGGAUGUUUCAGUAUAUAUCAUUUGACUAAAUUGGCAUCCAGCAUUGUCAUAAAAUAAUGAAUAAUACUACGUAAAGAAUGGUUUGCCGUGGUAGCUCAGUUGGUAGAAUGCUUGCCUCCCACUUUGAGGUCGCAGGUUCUAAUCCAGCACAGGCCUGAACCAAUGAUUGUCGAAUUUGUUUUCGAAUUCACGUUUGGAUCAUAAAUUAUUAUCACGUGCACAGCGGUGAAGGAAAACAUCGUGAGGAAACCCACAUCAGUAAAGCAUUUUCGGAGGUAUGUGACCUAACCUGUAUUGGGCUGGUUUUCCCUUCGCGGGUUGGAAGGUCACAAAAUAAAAACUAUCUGCCAGGUUUCAAGUUGCACUGUUUGACAGUUUCUUUGUUUGUUGAAAUAUGACGUCACUGGGCAAAAUGUCACGUGGUUGGUCACGUGAGUCACGCAAAAUGUCAGUUUUGGCGCGAAAAUUUAAAUUACUUGUAGAAACGUGUUUUCUUUUCUGCUGUUUAAAGCUUUUUCGAGAAAAUAAAAUAUUUUAAGAUUUUCUAUUGUAGUUUUUAAAAUACUUAUCCGAAAACUGUCAAGUAGCUAUUUAAGUAAAGAGGCACUUUAAAAAAUCUACCCCCUAUUCUUUAAAAAUAUACGUACAGUCAUGAGCAAUAUAAUGUACCCACUUUAGGACUCUGUCGGACUAACAUAUUUGACAUUUAGUGAGACUUACAGUUCAAUUUGUCAAAAAGUUAAUGUGAUAUGGUACCAAAGUGUAUACAUAUUAAUGCUCGUGACCGUACUUAGUAAUCCAAACUUUUAGGCUAUUAGGCUAUUUUUAGCGUACACUUUUUAUUUCACGUGAAGUUAUGUUGCGUAAGGUAGAAAUAGAGUAUUCAAAUAAAUGUCAAUUACGCAAUAAAUAUAUAAUCUGUGAUAGUAUAAUGUUUCUAUUGCAUAUGGGCACUUUUUAUUUGUAUUUUUUUAUCGUACAAAUAGAAAGUGCUAUAGAAUUUGUAUGUAUAUAUUAUUAUAUAGCAUUGUUUACAUGUUUCUUAUAUACAAAAGGAAUGGUUCUAAUUCCAAAAGACACCUAAUUUUAUUUUAAGUUAUACCUGUCAUUUUGCUAUCCGCCGAAAAGGAAUAAGACGGAUGAUUGACAGCGAAGGUGCCUGUGCACUCUGGCCUUGAAAGCACCCGGGUUAUAUGCCGUACUUAUAUAUUUGCUCGCCAUACAUAUUCUUGCCUCGAACAGAACAAAAUAUAAUUAUUAGAUAUUAAGCGAAAAUAAGACAAUAUAAUUCUGGAAAUGUAUCGUGCCUCUUUUAAUUAUUACUAUUUUUGUUAACAAUCUAGAUUAUAAUAGAUUUUUUGUAUAUUGAAAUGUUAUAAUUGCAUUUUUAAUUUUAAAAGACAAGUAUAUAAAUUUUAUAAUGCCUAUUUUUUAGUGCUGUAUAAUUGUAUAAUUUUCCACUAUAAUAUAUUAGUAUUAACUUUCGGUGGUAGUUUUAUGUAAUAUUUUUUACAUAAAUAUACCUUAUUUAAAGCGUAACAUGUUUAAAGUAACAAUAUGUCCCAUCUCUUUUGUACUAGGCUGCAUAACACCUAGUACGAAAGAGACAUAUCUUCCACCUCUUUCGCACUACACUGUACCAUAUACAGGGUGUAAGUGACAUCGUAACGAAUACUGAAGGGGAUAAUUCAGCUCAUUUUUCUGAGUUGAUAUCAAGUGGAAUUUUCCAUAUGUUUUUAAAUUAUUUUCAAAUAUAUUAUACUUUUGCUAUGGAAAAUUCCACUUGAUAUCAACUCAGAAUAAUGAACUGAAUCAUCCUCCCUCAGUUUUCGUUACGAUGUCACUUACACCCCGUACAAAUACGUACAGGUAGCCAUAGGAAUAUGUAUGGGUUUAGUGACACCGUAACGGAUACUGAAGGGGGUGAUUCAAACCAUGAUUCUGUGUUGAUAUCAAGUGGAAUUGUGUUUUUUUUUUAAUUAUUUCAGUUCCAUACUUUUGCGAUGGAAAAUUCCACGUGAUAUCAACUCAGAAUUAUAUUCUGAAUUAUCUUAUCUCUCAGUUUUCGUUACGAUGUCACUAACAUCCUGUAUAAUGUGUCUUGCUCUCAUUCUAAUCAUGUUACGUUUAAUAAGGUAGGUGUAUGAUUAGAUGACUGUAUAGUGUAUAAUGUUAGCUGAUGAUAAAUAUUAUUAUAGUAUACUGUGAGUAGACAUAAAUAAUCUUCAGCAUAAUAUACAUUAUUUACGUAUGUUGCUGAGCUGCCUAUUUUGAGCUUCAAUAUUUAAAUUAGUUAUUAUAUAACGUAACAUUUCUAGUGAGGGACUUUCCAGGCCACAUACCCUAAUAUAGAUGGUUUUAUCCUCCCCUUCGUUUAACCUUCUAAUUUCAUGGAUAACAGACAUAUGCAUCUUUUAUCUUUGUUAUUGGGUAUAAAUGAUGACCCUUGUUAUGACACCCACGCGCAACACAUCUUCCACUCAUUACUAUUUCUACUGAAGACUAGGCAGCAUGGUCUUAUGAUCUUAGCCUGGCCCACAAAUGGGCAAAAGAAAAAAUAUAUAAUUAUUAUUUCUGAUCAAAAUAAGGCUUUUUGGCGGGAAACGGGAACGGGACAGUUGCUUUCUUCAUUGAAUAAUCUAAAUAAUUAAUACGAAGUGGUGUUUUAGGGCGGAAGGCAAGAGGGAAACCACUGCCCUAUUUUUCCCUAAAAAGUAGCAUGAAAAUGCUGCACCGACAAGAGCGUGGCUCUUAAAUUGAUGAUGAUGAUGAUGAUGGUGUUUUGUGGUUAAUUAUCGCAUUAGGUUAGUCGGAAGACAUUCGCGAGUGUUAUUAUAUCGGAGUAUUCAAUAAACAAAGUGUAUCUGCCUAUUUUCGCUUCGUGCCAGGAAGACGCUUUAUAACUCGAAAGUUUAUGCGGACUUUUGAGUUAAUUCGUUUGGGGUUCGGAGUAGGAGUCUACUCCGAGGGUGGGGGCUUAGGUUUCAUCAUCAUCACCUUUCAUCAUUUCAUUAAUCAUCAAGAAAAAAAAUACGUAAAUAAAUAAUAAAUACACAAAUACGUAAUAACAUAAUUCUAUAUCUGAUCCAAAUAUCAUGCAAGAAUUAUUUGUAUAUACGCCUCUACAAUUACAUUAUAUUUUUGAAUAAUUAUGUAUCAGUAAAAUGAGAAAAUAAGUAAUUUCACGUUAAAUCUGUCAGCGUCAUCUAUGUUGUUUAUGGGGAACGUAGCCUGUAGUGUCCCUCAUUCUUACUAAGCUAACAAAAUAUUCAGCCAGUUUAGAAAUAUACCUAAUUAAUAUUAGCUUUGAUGUACUGUGUUAUAUAAGUUUCGUAAUUUGUUAAUUUCCUUUUAUAUGUAAAUGGAAAUAAUAUAUCCAGUUGUUUUAUACUAAA